AUGCUGUCCAGCCUCCAAAAUCCGCGGCAAGCUGCCGCGCAGCUCAUGAACUUUGGGUUGAUUCUCUCGACAGCUUUCAUGAUGUGGAAAGGUCUCUCGGUUAUCACAGACUCGCCGUCCCCGAUCGUCGUCGUUCUUUCCGGUAGCAUGGAACCCGCGUUCCAGCGCGGCGACUUACUCCUCCUCUGGAACCGCAACCUGAUCUCCGAAACCAAUGUCGGCGAGGUCGUCGUGUACAACGUUAGGGGCAAGGAUAUUCCAAUUGUCCACCGGAUCGUCAGGAAAUUUGGUGUUGGUCCCGAGGCAAAGCUUCUUACAAAGGGCGACAACAAUGCGGCGGACGAUACAGAACUCUACGCACGUGGGCAGGAUUAUCUGAACAGGAAGGAUAUCGUUGGGAGCGUUAUCGGAUAUAUGCCUUUCGUGGGAUAUGUGACGAUUAUGCUAUCGGAACACCCAUGGCUGAAGACGGUGAUGCUCGGGAUCAUGGGGUUGGUGGUCGUAUUACAACGCGAGUAA